AAAAAUAGUUUAUUUUGAGGAACAAAAAUUAAAGACAAAUUACAAAAUAGGGACAAAAUUGUAAAUGAGCCAUUUUCCUCACCAACCAAGCACAUGUGUUUGGUUUCUAUGGCUUCCUCCAUUUCCAUUGACUCUUAGCUUCCAUAUUCCACAGAGAAAAUACUGAAGCAGUGUAUUUGCAAUGUGGUCAGCUUCAAAUUUGCAGCCUAUGUCUUUCAAACCUCAACCCCACCUUUGCAAUGACAUUAGUUCAUUGAUUAAAGGUCCUUCGUUCAUCUUACAACCUUUUUGGUCUCUAAAGGGCUGCACUGAGUUCAGACAGCGCAUGAUUUUUGCUUGGUCCAGAAUCAACCGAGUCGAGAUCAGCCACUGCCUUACCUCACAAACCAGAAAUUUCACACCUUUUAGACAAGCAUCCCAUUCGCUAUUGCGGGGACGAUGCCAAGUCACGAGUGAAGAUUCAGGAGGAACUUUGAGUGGCGAAAGCAUCUUGCAAAAUGAAGAAACCUUGGCUCGAGAUUUAAAGACUGCUAUUAAAGAGGAGAACUAUGCCCAAGCAGCAAAAAUCAGGGAUAGCCUCCGGCUUCUCCAGGAGAAUAGUAAGGCGUCUGUACUAGCAGCAAAUGCUCGAUUUUACAAUGCUUUCAAGACUGGUGAUUUAGCUUCUAUGCAAGCUCUAUGGUCGAGGGGCGAGAAUACAUGCAUUGUGCACCCUGGGGUGAGUGGCAUAUCGGGCUAUGAUCUUAUAAUGGGAAGUUGGGAGUUUGUGUGGGCAGAAUAUGAAUUCCCACUUGAGAUAGAGAUCAGGGAUGUCCAAGUUCAUGUUAGAGGUGAUCUCGGGUACGUUACAUGCGUUGAAAUGGUCAAGACAAAGGGUAGCAGCUGGGGAAAACAGUUUGCUACUAAUGUGUUUGAGAAGGUUGAUGGGCAAUGGUUCAUAUGUAUUCAUCAUGCCUCUUAUAUUGACCUGUAAUUUGUGAACAAGAGAGCUGUUUUAGGAGUGAGAAUUGUAUAACGUCAUAGGUUUUGUAACCUAUUAUUAACGAGACAUACUAGCAUAAUAGAUUAGUGGCAUGUUUGAUCAAGCUGUUGAAGUCAGCUUAUUUGAGAGGUACUUCAUAUCAGAGGUGCUUUGAGAGAGUUGCAGUUACUUUUUUAUAAAUCAUUUGAGAAGUAAUUUUGAUAGCAGUAGUUUGUGUUUGGUCAA